CAUCUGCUGGAGAAGAGAAAACAGACACUCACGUCUUUACCUGAAGACAUUUAAACUGUCACGUGUCUGUGUUCGGCCUGUUGUGUCAUUUGAUGUUUUUUUUUGUUUUGUUUUGUUUUUUUCUUGUGUGCUUCUGUCCUAAUGACCUGUCUCACAACACACGCCUGUGUUUCAGUGAAUCUGCCACUCGAGUUUCUUUAGUUUCAUCCUCACGUCGCCAGGAUGACACGGAUUUUCUGGGACGCAAUUUUCCUCAUAAGCGGUUCCCUCUUUACGUUUGGAGCGGGGCCGAACAAUUCAACAAUCCAAACUCCCAUUUCCUUCAAUACAAACUCUGUUGUCGCUCCAAACACAUCAAUAAGCAACUCUGCGGCGAGUGUCGGUGCAACCCUCGCGACUGCGACUGACGUCCAUCCAGAUAAAAAUUCCCUCUUUACAUUUGGAGAAGGUCGGACUGAUUCGUCACUCAUCACUUCUGGCGUUCCCAUCCAUGCAAAUGACUCCAGCAGCAGCAGCAGCAGCACCAGUGGUUCCACGACCACAACCACUGUGGCUACUACUACCACAAGCACCCCCCCACUUAAGAAGUUUGUGGCGGCGGCUGUUCGAUCUCAUUUCGACGACUGUCCGGACUCCCACCGCCAUUUCUGCUUCCACGGUACAUGUCGCUUCCUGAUACUGGAGGGGACGCUCGCAUGUGUGUGUCAUCCAGGAUUCAUCGGGAUGAGGUGUGAACACGCCGACCUCCUUGCCGUCGUAGCAACUAACCACAGACAGCAGACGGUUGCCACAGUGCUGGUGUUGUGUGUUAUUGGGUGUGUUCGUCAUGGUGUUGUGUACACUGUUACAUUGCUGGUUGCGGCAGGACUGUCGAAGGCGGCGCUACGCACAUCACUACAUCCAGGACAAGCACGAAGCUUCCCGUUAUCCUUCUGA